AGAUUUCAUAAGAGCGCGUGCGCACCCGUGGGAAAAAUCUCGAGACAGUUUUACGCGUGGCACUUGAUCUUCACCUGAGAUAAAGGAACAGCUGAAACACCACAGAACCCUGAAGUUGGACUUUUGGUCUAACUUGACAGUUUUAGUAGCUGGAAAUUCAGUAUUGUUCAGGUGCAUUGGAAGCCACCUCCUGACCAAGGGGGCGGGAUAACAUUAUUCGCCCACGAUGAGAGCGCUUUUCCCGGUUUUUCUAAGUUGCAUCAGCCUGCUCUCCUCACAACUGCUUGCUCUGCCGGUGAGAAACAGGUUGGAGUUCAUGACAAGACUCCAUCAGCUAAGAGAGAAAAAUACCAUCUCUCUGGACAUUACUGAGCGCCCAAACACUGACCAUGGGGUCUCCAUCGACCGCACCAUUCUAUGGAGGGCCAUCCUCUCUAAAUCGCCACCUCAAGACCCAAUAAGAAACCCAUUCCACAUCGGUCAGCCAAUGGCAGGAGAGUCCACCAAAAUGGGAGAGAGUGCUAAACACAGAGGUCGUCGCAAUGUGCACUCAAAAGCCCACAACAACCAUCAUCACGCUCAGCUGAUGCGUGUCGGAUGCGUCCUCGGGACCUGUCAGGUACAAAACCUCAGCCAUCGCCUUUUCCAAAUGGGCGCACAAAGCGGACGAGAAGAGGCGCCCAUUAACCCGCGCAGUCCACACAGUUACGGAUGAGUCAAUACAGGGACAUCCGGCUAAACCUAAGACCAAGAAUACAGCGUUACACAUAUCUGUCCUGAUGUUUGUCUAUUUUAUUGCAAUAGGAUACUGCUGUAGUACUCUUUCCUCCUCUCCGCCUUGGUUUUCUGGAGUGUAUACUGUGCCUUUUUGGACAGAAAGGACCCUUUGUUACUUGAUGGACAAUUUUGAAUUCGGUGCCUCUGAAAUACUUUGACUCUGGCCUCUCAUUUUUUGGUACUCAAACAGAUUUUUUUUAUUUUAAUAUUGUCAUUUCAUGAAGUCUUCAGAUAAGAGUUUAUUCCGGGUUAUGCUGCAUUAUGUCCCGACUCAUCUAAGACUGUUAAAUUCUACAUCACUGAUCAAACUGGCUGAGCCUUUAAUGUGGAUUUCAUCAAGGUGUGGGAUUGGAUUUCUGUCAAUGUGAGGCUUGUGUGUUCCGAAACCUCUGAACCCUCUCACCUUGUGUCUCCAAAAGACUCAAGAAGAAAGCAGACUUUCUACAUUUGCUUCGUAAGUGGUGCAAGACCACCAUCUGAUACCUUGAAUAGCUACUGCAGCGUUGGGUUUAAAUGUUGGGUUUUAGACAAUGGAGAAUUGUCUGAAUUUACAAAGACAGUGGUCCCUUGGUUAAACCCGCAUAACAGUACAGUAGAAAUCACAGUCGAAACCGGAUUAACACACUGUUGCUUCUCAGUGCACUUUGAGGUCUGGCGCCUGAAAUAUUACACUUCACGUGGUUCAUAAAGUUACAGGAUUGAGUUAUGAUCCUCAAGGUCUCAGUUUGAACUCUGAAAGAAUCCUGCUGGGCUUUGCCACAUUUUAUAAACAGAAGCAAGACAUUUUAUGGAGCAUUUUUAAAUGAUGGUUAUAACUCAUCCAUAAAUACCCAUUACCAAGGUCACAGCUCCAUAGAGGCUAAAACUAUCUUAAGGGCUGUUUUAAAACCAUUUUCUCCCAUUUGUUUUGCAAAACACUCUCAAAGGAACAUUUUAUCGUUCCCAAAAAAAAAAAAAUUCUCAUGAAGUUCCAAACCUGUAUGACUUUUUCAUUCUGCGUAACACCAAAUGUUCAUACAUUGCACGUUUAAUGUAUCUGAGAUUGGUUUUAGAUCCCACUGACUUGCAUUGUAUGGACAAAAAAGUGUUAAUGUCAUCAUUGCCCUUAAAAAUAUUCUUAACAAACCCUGAUUGGCAUCAUUUAAGUAAUUCUCAAGCUCGUCCUUGUAACUCUAAUUAAAGAUUCUGGUUCUACCACAAUUUGUGGGGCAAGCGUUCCAAAGUCUUUCUGGAAAAUGACCUUCCAAAAGCACUCUUCCAGCCAUGUUGUGUAUUUUAAGAAUUCCAUUUUGUCACAAUAAUCAUGUCUGAAUUUGUGGGUGGAUACACACACCAAAAAUACCCGACAGACAUCGCAAAAGUAGCUGUAAAAACCGACAGAUUUAAAACUUUCUGAAACUUUCCAUGCCUUUUGAGGGGCUGUGGAUGUCGGGGGAAUGCUGUGAGACAUCAAAGUACAUGUCUGAGGAUUAAAAUAAGCAGAAGUAAUCCUAAAAAUCCCACUUAAACGUCAAAAACUCAAUUUCAGCUGGGUGCCAGGCCAAACUCUCUCAUUAUGUGAUGUAUGUUUGAGGACAACUUGCUUUCAAAUGGCUCCAGAAAGGCAGAGAACCGACCAAAAAGACUUGAAUUUACUUGAUCCCUUUCUGUGCAUUCACAUCACAUUAUACUGUUCACUUAUCUUUAAACAGGCUUGAAUUUCAAUUGGAUUUGAUGGUAUUCGUCACUGUAAAAGUCUUGUUGCUUGUCAUGGCUGAUUCUAAUGAUGAUGAUCAUAGGAAGUAGUAAUCGCUGGUGCUUUGGCGCUAAUCUGCUCACAGGCUCUCUAUAUAUCCGACACCAUUCUCUCUGCUGUAAUCGAUCUGAUUGAUAUCUCGUGACUAAUCAUAAUUAAAAGGCUUUUAAACUGCUGAGAGCCUGGUUAAUCUGUACUGUUUGCACAGUGAGAGCUUUUUAGCCUGCCUCAUGUUGACUUCUAUAUUGAUCGCAUUCCUUUUUUUGACUAUUUAUCUAUUUAUUUUACUAUUUAUGGGUUGUUGUGAACGUCUUGGUGACAUGGCGUCAGAAUCUGGCCCUGAUCGGUCUUUGUGCGCGUGCGUUUUUUGUGUGCUGUCCGUGUAUUGCGUAUUUUUAUGACCUUUGUCCCCCUUUAAAGCCCUACUUGGUUCAUUAAGAAGAACACAAGCGUUAGCUUUCUCGUUAAUGUGAACGUGUUCGGGAUGAAGGAAUACACAGAACGUUAUGAAUCUGUGUCCUGGAGACUUUUAAAGACGUGUGUGUUUGUGUAUGCGUGUGUGUGAACGUCAUCCUGGCCAUGAGCUCUAACAUUACAUGUUUUAGCUGAUACUAAAAGUCAGUUGUGUUGUUACUACCAUGCAAAGCACUUUAAAGCAGAGGCAUGUUUCUGUUUUUGUCACUUGAACUUCAGAUUUGCCAGUUUUGUGUACUGAUUUUGAGCAGGAUCUGUAUGAAUGUAUUUUAAAGGGCGUUAGCACACUGAAUGACCACACACUCAGUAUCAUGUACACUAUCUUUUAUUAGGUCUGAUAUUUCAGUUAAUGUAUUUAUGUUUGCAUUUGUGUAUCUAUGUCACCAAAGACGUUAUUCAUCACAUACAGUGUUUUCUCACACCUCAGUGUUGUCCUCUGGGUAUGAAAAAAAAAAGAGUAUAUUUUGGGGAAGAUGGUAAAAUUAGUUUGUCACGCCCAUUCAAUGUCCUUUUUUUUUCUCUGUGAAAUAAAGCACUGCAUAGUAGUGAGAUGAAAUCU